CGCCCGCCGCCCGCGCUUCAUUACAGGAGUGUAUAUUUUAGACCAUACAUAACAGGAAAUAUAAACUCCUAUUAAAGCCUUUCUGUUCAUAACAUAACUUUAGUCUUGUUUUAACCAGUGGGAGAGUUUGAAGCCCUUGUGAUUUUACAGUGUAAACUUUUCAUUCAUUUAAUAUCAAGAAUAAUGGAAGAUUUAAGUUUUAUACCGGAACUCCCGAGCGGGCCCCUAGAUGUAUACAGGAAUGGAGCUUCGUUCAACUGGAAGCGACUUAAAUUGGCCCUCGAAGGAGACAUUGAUUUAUUGAAACUUAAGUACAAAAUAUGGCGUACGCUGGAAAAAGAUCCUCUCUUUGCCCAUCCCCCGGUAACACCUCCACUGGAAGAACAGAAGAGAAUAACCCAGUUGCAGUUAAAGAAGAUAAACGAAUACAAGUUCAUUCCCAAGGAAAUGUUCAAUGCCAGUUACAGUAAACGGACACGGACAAUAAUGACAAUAAACGAGGCGGUCCAAUCGCUUAACCCAAGCGUGUCUGUGAAGAUGGCCAUCGGUAUAUAUCUGUUCUCAAAUGCACUCCUUUCGUUGGGGACAGAGAGACACCUGAAGUUUUAUGAAGCCACGAUAAAACAUAGAGAGAUAUUAGCAAGUUUCGCGCUAACGGAGAUCGCGCACGGUUCGGACGCGCGACUCAUGCGCACAACCGCCACGUACGACCCCGCCCGCAAGGAGUUCGUCGUGCACACGCCAGACUUCGAGGCGGCUAAAUGCUGGGUUGGUAAUCUAGGUAGAACAUGUACCCAUACUCUGCUGUUCGCGCAGUUGAUCACACCAGACGGCACCAACCACGGCCUCCACGGGUUCGUGGUGCCUAUCCGAAACCCGGACACCUUGGAACCGUAUCCCGGUCUCACCGUUGGGGAUAUGGGAGAGAAGAUUGGUGUCAACGGCAUUGAUAACGGAUUCAUAAUGUUCAACCAGUACAGAAUACCGCGAGAAAAUCUUCUCAACAGAACAGCGGAUGUCACCGAGGAUGGCACUUACGAGAGUUCCUUCUCGGAGCCGUCAAGGAUACUCGGAGCGGCUUUGGAGAAUUUAUCAGCAGGUCGUAUCGGCAUAAUGCAGGAGAGCUGCCACUCGCUGGCGAGCGCCGUGAGCAUCGCGGUGCGGUACGCCGCCACGCGCACGCAGUUCGGCGAGCGCGACCGCGAGACGCCGCUCAUCGAGUACCCGCUGCACCAAUGGCGUCUAUUCGGUUACGUUGCUGCGGCGGUUAUCUACCGGCUGUAUAUCGGUAAAUUUACAUAUAUAUACCUGAACAUGGUGGAGAAAUCAAACGCCGGACACAGAGUGGAUAAUUUGAGCGAGGCGGUGUCGGAGAUCCACGCCAUGGUGUCGAGCAGCAAGCCGCUGCUGACGUGGGGCGCCCUGCGAGCCGCGCAGCAGGCACGGGAGGCCUGCGGCGGGCACGGCUAUCUCAAGUGCUCCAACCUGGGCGACAUCCGCAGCAACCACGAGCCGACGGUGACGUACGAGGGCGACAACAACGUGCUGUCGCAGCAGGCCGGCAACUGGCUGCUCCGCCAGUACGAGGCGGCGCGCGCGGGGCGCGACGUGGACUCCCCGCUGCGCUCCGUGGCCUUCCUGCGCGCGCUGCCCGCCACCAGCCGCGCCGCCUUCCGCGCCUCCACCACCGCCGACCUCAAGAACCCUCAGUUUAUAAUCUCAACGUACAAGUGGCUUCUAUGCUGGUUACUGAAGUACACUCACGAGAGAAAUGAGGCGGAACUCGCCAAAGGGCUCACUAAAGUCCAGGCGAGGAACAACUGCCAAGUGUACAGGUGGAAAAAUCUCACCAAGGUCUACGCGGAGUAUCUCUCUCUUAUAUUCUCCUUGGAAGCCAUAGAGGAGAAGGAGAAAGAGCUACAGCCGGUUUUGAUGAAACUGUUCUGCCUAUAUGGUCUGUGGUGCCUCGACGAUAACUUGGUGGAAUUGUACCAGGGGGGAUACUCAACGGGAGAGGAAAUGGCGCGAUUGAUCAGAGAUGCUGUGUUGGAACUUUGUUCGGAAGUGAAAGGAGAUGUCGUUAGUGUAGUGGAUGCGCUUGCGCCGACGGACUUCGUUCUGAACUCCGUUUUGGGAAAAAGUGAUGGAAAGUUAUACCAGAAUCUCCAGAAAGCAUUCUUCAGUCAGCCCGGCGUUUUCGAGCGAACGCCGUGGUGGCGAGACGUCGUACCUUCCUCUAAACUGUAAGAUAUAUCCAAAACAUAGAUUUGGAUAAAAAAAACAUUAUUGUAUAGAGAAUAAAAACAAUUUUCCCCUACAUCUUAAUCACUAAAUACAAAAAUUAAUUUGAUUUAUUUUUAUACCAUAUUAAUACUUUACCGAAGGUAUGUUAUUUUUUAUAUUAGAUUAUUUUUAUCUUAAAGUAUUUUUUGUAUGACUUUUUUUAAACAAUGAGAAUCUUUCACUUAAAUAUGUUGUGCCGUAGUACUUGAAACAUACUUUUAAACACAUUUUAAUAACAUAUCAUGUAGAAAUUUAACUAAUGUGUUAGUCUUAUUUCUAUUUAAUAUUCCAUAAACAAAGUUUAAAAAUAGCGUUGGAUUGUUUUUGUUAUGUUAUAUUUUAUUAAAGGCAUAAGUUGAAAAAUGAUAAUAAAUUUUGUAUCAUGUAAGUUAUCAACGCGUGUUUUACGUGUCAUGAAGCCCGCGGUGAUUAUUUUUAUGUCGUAAGUUUACUGGUUUAACCCUACCAAAAACCGUUGAUAGUGUGUAAGAAAUGUGUUCUUUAAUGUCAAAAUUAAACAUGACAAUGAAAUCAAUGUAUACAGCCAUUACUAUAUUUAACGUUGCCAUUUAAUAUAUAAGUUGUAGCGCAACUAUAAAAGGAAUACCAUAUGAAAAUUUAUGAAUACAUGAAAGGUAUAUUAUUUACUUAAAAUUGAGAUUUUCUAUUAAUAAUAUAAUUAUGGCAAAUACUAUACGGGAUCACCUAUAAAUUACAUCACACAUUAAAGUGGAAUAGUUUUCCGCCAAAUGUGUACGUGUGAUAAGAUGAUUGUAAGCUAUGACUUUAAAUUUAAAAUCAAAUGCAGUAAAUUUGCCAAAUAUUGGAAAUUAAAUAUAAAUUCAUAGUCUUUUCUCAUAUUGAGCGAUACUUGUCAAUAUUGAAAACGUUUGUGAUGUCACAGCAUAGGAAUCAUUUUAAUGUGUGAUAGAGGAUCAUGAGCUGUCAUUGUGUGAUGUCAUUUAUGAAUCGUUAAGUCCUAAAUCGAAUAUCGACUAAUAGGUUUGAUUUGACAAGCCGGUUGGCGUGGUUGUUAAAUACUUGCCUUUCACGUCGAAGGUUGUGGGUUCGAUUCCCACCCAGGACAGACAUUUGUGUGCAUGAACAUGUCUGUUUGUCCUGAGUCUGGGUGUAAUUAUCUAUAUAAGUAUGUAUUUAGAAAAAGAAAAGUAGUAUAUGUAGUAUAUCAGUUGUCUGGUUUCCAUAGCACAAGCUUUGUACAAGCUUAAUUUGGGAUCAGAUGGCCGUGUGUGAAAAUGUCCCAGGAUAUUAUUAUUAUAGGUUGUAUUAUAUCCAUUAUAAAUAUUCGAAUGUUACCGUUUUAGAGUUUUAAGUUUUAACUUAUGCUGUUUAAAUGUAUCAGAGAUCAUGAACAGUUUAAUUUACUAGCAUUGAAAUGUUUUUUUUUUUUGUGUUAAAAUAUUAAUUAAUAAGAAUAUUAUCUCUUAUUCUAUUUUUAAUCUAUAUUUUUAGUAUUGUAAGGCUGUGGUAGGACUUGCUAGAUUUUCUAUACUAUUUCUACAACUUUCAAUAUUUAGAUCCUCAUGUACAAACAACAUAGUAAAAGAAUAUAAAAAAGUCAUAGACAAGAUUUGUCAAAAAAAAAAAUUUAAGCAGAGACAAUAUUGUUAAAUCUUAGUUUUUUCAAUGUAUGUAUUAAAUAUAUACAUUUUUAAACGAGAAUUCAGCACUAAUAUAGACCAAUAUUGCAUCCUAGUAAUGUGUGGAUCUUAACUGAUAGUCUUUUGGUUAUGAAGAACUUUUGAAUGAUGAAGGAAAAUAAUAUCAUAAUAAAGAUUUUCUUGUAAUAGAGCAACAGAGUUAGCUCCUAUAUCUCUUCCUAAACAAGAUACCAUUUUGUCCAGUGUAACAUUUACUUUAUUUUUUUAAUAAAUAUAAAUCAUUCAAAGAAUAUAAAAGUUACUAAAUAGUUUAUAAUUGUUUAUUUUAUAUUGUAUUUAAACGAAUAUGAAACGAAUGUCAAACAGAUAUCAAGUAUUUUUGUUCCAUAUGCAUUGCAUUUAAAAUAUUUUAAUAGAUUAAAUAUUAAAGGUUGAGUGAGAUGGAUUUAAUAGUUACACAAGGAAUUGUAUGAAAAUAAAAUUAUAUGCAAUGUACUAUUAAACUUCAUAGACACAGGGUACAAAACAAUAAAAUUUUAUAUUUAUAAAUGUGUAAUUUCUCACACUAUCCUCACAUUAAGACAAUUGAUGUGUAUGUGCGUUUUAAAUAAUUUAAAUUAAUGAAUUCUGUGUUGUGCCCAUUUCUAUUAAAUUAAAUGGUUGCAAGUUAUUCUAUUAUUAUUAUUGUCAAUAAGGAUUAUAUAGGUAGAAAAAUAUUGCAAAUUUUAUUAAUAUUAAAUAGCCAAAUAUAAACAAUAGAAUUUAGUAGAAAAUAUUUAGGUAGAGGGUCCGGUUCAGUGCGUUUAGUGCUAGUUUUAAUUAUUGUAACUUAUUCAUUCAAAUUCCUUUUUUACAAAUAUUGUAGUUUGUUAAAAGCUGGCAUUAUGGGCACUGUGUAUCAUUUAUUAACUUCUGAACUAACAUUAUAUAAUGAUUGUCGUGUUCAGUUGUAAAUAUAUUGUAAAAUGUCUUAUGAAUUGUAAUAUCUUAUCGAAAUUCAAUUAAUUGUGUUAAAUUUUAAAAGUUCAAAAUGGUAACGGACCUCUAAUUGUUAUGAUAUAUUGUUGAUUUAUUGAAUGUAAUUUAUUAUAAGAUAAUAAUU